AUGGAUCGCGCGGAGGGAAAAGCAAGAGCAAAUGCAAAGAGGGAACAAGAGAGAGACAGCGAGAGAGAGAGAGAGAGAGAGAGAGAGAGAGAGAGAGAGAGAGAGAGAGAGAGAGAGAGAGAGAACAAGAGAGAGAGAGAGGGAGAGAGAGACAGAGAGAGAGAGAGAGAGAGAGAGAGAGAGAGAGAGAGAGAGAGAGAGAGAGAUGAAGGAGAUGAACCGCGUCACGCGGACGCAAUGGGUGACAAACGGUAA